AUGUUAGAAGCGCGAUCGCAAACGUUCCGCGGUCGAGUUUCAACCUGUCUCUUCGAGAAUGGCAUCAACAUGAACAGAUCUGACCCGCCGCCCACUUCUCGCCGAUGUCAGAUGCGCGACGCAAUCAUGUCGCAGCCUACUUCUUUGCUUCUCAACGACGUUGGAAGCACGACCGCCCACUUUCCGUCGCAAGUCCUAUUUGUUGUGGCUGCAGUUGACAGAUGCCUCGCCAUUGUUAAAAGAGAAUGGAUGGAUGAGUGGUUUUGA